AUCCCCCCCCUCAUGUUCUCCGCCUCCCCCUUCUCCCUCUUCCGUCUCAUCCCAAUUCGCCCUCUCCGUCUUCCCAUUCUGCCCCUCCUCAAAAUUUCCAAAGUCCCCAAAAUGUCCUCCGCCGCCAUCGCCGACGCCGCGGCGGUCUCGCCACCGCUUCCCCCUCUCCGCUACCCUCCUGUUCGCCGUGACGACUCCAUCGUCGACGACUAUCACGGCGUCAGCAUCUCCGACCCCUAUCGCUGGCUUGAGGAUCCGGACUCCGAGGAGACCAAAGAGUUCGUGGACAAGCAGUCGGAGUUGACGGAUUCCGUCCUCGCCGUCUGCGACCUGAGAGAAAAGCUCCGUCAGCAGAUAACGGCGUUAUACGAUCACCCGCGCUAUGAUACGCCGUUCAAGAGAGGGAACCGUUACUUUUAUUUCCAUAACACUGGGUUGCAGGCCCAACGUGUGCUCUAUGUUCAGGAUGAAUUGGAUGGAGAAGCGGAGGUGCUGUUGGAUCCGAAUGGGUUGAGUGAAGAUGGGACGGUGGCACUCACUUCGCCUUCGAUUAGCGAGGAUGGGGAGUACUUGGCAUAUGGGUUGAGCUCGAGUGGGAGUGAUUGGGUGACAAUUAAGGUGAUGAGGGUUAAGGAUAAGAAGCCGGAGCCCGAUUCCUUAUCUUGGGUUAAAUUUUCAUCAAUCAACUGGACUCAUGAUGGAAAGGGAUUCUUUUAUGGCCGUUAUCCUGCUCCCAAGGAAGGGGAUGAGUUGGAUGUUGGAACAGAGACCAAUAUCAAUUUGAAUCAUCAGCUUUACUACCAUUUUUUGGGCACAGAUCAAUCAGAGGAUAUAUUGUGCUGGGAAGACCCCGAGCACCCAAAGUAUACUUUUGGAGCCGAUGUCACUGAUGAUGGGAAGUAUGUUCUUCUGUAUAUCGCGGAAGGUUGUGACCCUGUAAACAAACUGUAUUAUGUUGAGCUGCCUUCACACUCUCUUGGGCUUGAAGAUUAUAAAGAAUGUAAAAAUGGGCUGCCCUUUGUUAAACUUGUUGACAAUUUUGAAGCAAGUUAUGAAGCUGUCUCAAAUGAUGGAAGCGAAUUUACAUUUUUGACAAAUAAGGAUGCUCCGAGAUAUAAGCUAGUUCAACUAGACCUCAAGGAACCUGGACUAUGGAAGGAUGUUCUUAGCGAACAUGAAAAAGAUGUGCUUGAAUCUGCUGCUGCAGUUAAUGGUAACCAGAUUAUUGUGAGUUACCUAAGUGAUGUCAAAUAUGUUCUGCAGAUAAGGGAUUUGAAAACAGGAGCCUUGCUGCAUCAUUUACCCAUAGAAAUUGGUUCUGUGACUGGAAUCUCCUGUAGGCGCACAGAUAGUGAGGUUUUCAUUGGCUUCACUGGCUUCCUUACUCCUGGUAUCAUUUAUAGGUGUAACUUGGCUACUGAAGUUCCAGAAAUGAAUAUAUUCAGAGAAAUAUCUGUUUCGGGAUUUAAUCGAUCAGAUUUCCAGGUCAAACAGGUUUUUGUUGGCAGUAAUGAUGGAACCAAGAUACCCAUGUUUAUCGUCUCCAAGAACAACAUUAGUUUGGAUGGAUCACAUCCUUGUUUGUUAUACGGUUAUGGUGGAUUCAACAUUAGCAUCACACCAUCAUUCAGUGUCAGCCGUAUUACUCUUGUAAGAAACCUGGGUGUUGUUUAUUGCAUAGCAAAUAUUCGUGGUGGGGGAGAAUAUGGAGAGGAAUGGCAUAAAGCAGGAUCACUUUCAAAGAAACAGAAUUGUUUUGAUGACUUUAUUGCUGCAUCGGAAUUCCUUAUUUCUUCUGGGUAUACGAAACCCCAAAGAUUAUGUAUUGAGGGUGGAAGCAAUGGUGGGCUUCUAGUAGCUGCUUGCAUCAAUCAGCGACCUGAUUUAUAUGGGUGUGCUUUGGCUCAUGUUGGUGUUAUGGACAUGUUGCGAUUCCACAAAUUCACUAUUGGUCAUGCAUGGACAUCUGAUUAUGGUUGCUCAGACAAAGAGGAAGAGUUCCAGUGGCUUCUCAAGUACUCUCCACUACAUAACGUGCAAAGACCGUGGGACAGAGAUCUUAACAAGUCUUCUCAGUAUCCAUCUACUUUGCUGUUGACUGCUGAUCACGAUGAUCGGGUUGUGCCAUUACAUUCACUAAAGUUAUUAGCUACCAUGCAGUACAUUCUUUGCACAAGCUUGGAGAACAGUCCACAGACCAACCCAAUCAUUGCCCGUAUUGAUCGCAAAGCUGGGCAUGGAGCUGGCCGCCCUACUCAGAAACUGAUUGAUAGCGCUUCAGACAGUUACGGCUUUAUGGCGAAAGUGUUGGGCAUUUCAUGGAUUGAUUCAUUGGAUUACACUUCCAGGUUGUGAUUGUGCAGGCAAUCAGUUACUCUUGGGGAGUUUAUUUUCGCUGCAAGGCUGUGAAGACUGCUUGAAUUAUUGCUUGCAAUGUGGACUCAUGGAGUAAAAUUUUCCUUAGGGUUCAAUGGUGUACUUGGGACUUGUAUUUUGUCAUUAUUUUUCCUGCACUGCAUUUGAAAUUAUUCUUAUCAUUGUGGGCAUUUUAGAUUGGUGGGGCAUCCAACUUAGUUGCACCCAACUUAUUAGUUUAUAUGAUCCAUCAUACAUAAUUCUUUGCUCGGAUGAAGUUUAUGCUUUUGCUUGAUGUAAUUUCCAAAAAUGAAAAGCCAGACUGAUUGUUGUUGCUAGUGUAA